AAGCGGCACGGGCGCUGAGAAGCACACGCACAGAAAGCCACACACACACACCCAGACACAGCCAACGCGGCUCAUGUACCCCCCCCCCCCUGCCUUCGGCUGCAGUUGAACGCGAGUCUGCGCCUGUGUGUGCGCCUGGGCUCCCCCCGUGUGGCCUGCCUUCCUUCAUAGGCCGCUACGCGCUCGCAAGCACUUGCCCCGACAGUCUGCUGAGGCUAUCCCGGGGGUGGGAUCUUUUGUCUUUGUCCACGCAGGCGACCCGUGCCGAGUAGCCAUGGCUCACCGUCGCUAGGUGAGUGCCAAGACGACCGCCCUGGCGCUCCUCGUGGACACGUUCUGGGAAGACCGCGUGUCCACCACCGCCAUCGCCUCCACCUCGUCCUCGUCGUCCUCCAGGACUCGUCACCCUGAGCCCGCGGCGGAUGGAACUCGAGCGCCCGCAGUGACCUCCUGUGCCCGAGAGGCGGUGUCACUCACGCGGAGCGCCUCCCGCAUGAACGACGAGCGGAGCUCCAUCGGCUGUGCCACAGGAGGAGACGUUGAAGCGAGUGGAAGAGGUGGUGGUGGAGGUGGUGGUGGAGGUGGUGGUGGUGGAAGUGGUGGAGGUGGUGGCGAAAGACCCAGCAAAUCAUCAUCGACCUCAUCGUCAUCAUCAUCGCCAGCAACGGCAGCUUCUGAAUCAUCUGAAACCCCACCGUUCGCAUCAUUAUACUUGACGUCAACAUCAUCAUCAGCAGCAUCAGUAGCUGGGGUUCCAUCAUUAUCAUUAGCAGCAGCAUCAUCAGCAGCAGCAUCAUCAGCAGCAGGAGUAUUCGUGGGUCUGCUCCAGCAGCAGGACAUGGCUUGUCCACGGGCCGUGUCAGCCACGCCGGCUCGGCUGCAACAGCAGCAGCAGCAGGAGACGCGACGGAGCCCAAUCCUCUUUCGCCUGCUGCAGAGCGAGAAGCGCGCGGGGAGCGGCGGAGCGCGCUCGCGGUCAGCGCCCUACACGUGGCCCUUCCACCUGCAGCAGCAGCAGCAGCACCAUCAGCAGAUGAUGCAGCUGCAGCAGCAGAUCCACCUGCAGAGGCUGCACAUCGAGCAGCAGCAGCAACAGCAGCAGCAGCCGCAUAACCUUCGCGUGCAAACGACUGAGUUGGAGCCAAAUACUCCGAGUGAGAAAGUUCAUGUUGAGCAGCAAUAUCAGCAGCAGGUGCAGAUACAAGUUCAGGACACGCACGUUCAGCAGCAGCAACAACAGCAGCAACAACAGCAGCAGCAGUACUACCAGCUGCAGGUGCAGAAGGUUCAUCUGAACGAUCAACAUCUUGAUCAUCAUCAUCAUCAGCAGCAGCAGCAGCGGCAAGAGGAUGAGGAAGUUGGAUUUCAGCAGCAGAAGCGCCACCAGCAUCAUCAUCAACAACACCAUCAUCAGCAGCAGCAGCAGAACCAGCAGAACCAGCAGCUGCAACAGCAGCAGCAGCAGGUCCAUGAUGUCGAGGAGUCGGGGCUGCUGGUGCCGCUGGUGCCGCUGGUGCCGCUGGUGCCGCUGCCGUCGAGCUGCGCGUGUGCGCAGCGGCGCCGCCUGGUGCUGCGCUCGGCGCACUCGACGCGCCAGGCGGCCUGGGCGGUGCUCGCCAAGACGCUGCGCUUCGUCAAGACGCUGCCCUCCUUCUGGCAGCUGCCGCGCCGCGACCGCCUGCUGCUCGCGCGCCACGCCUGGGCGCCCCUCUUCCUGCUCGGACUGGCGCAGGAGCGACUGCCCGUGGAGGUGAGCGCAGAGCCGGAGCCGAGCCUCCUUCGACGGCUCCUCAGCGAGCCCGACGUCGAAGACGGCGGUGGUGGUGGUUGUGGUGUUGGUGGUGUUGGUGGUGGCGGUUGUGGUGUUGGUGGUGGUGGCUGUGGUGCUGCUGGUGGUGGUGUUGGUGGUUGUGGUGCUGGUGGUGGUGCUGGUGGUGGUGCUGGUGGUGACGGUGGUACCGAGAGCUGUACAGGAGACAAGAUGAAACGCAGCGGCGGUGGCACUGCUGCCGAUGGUGGUGGUGGUGGCGGCGACGCUGGCGUUAAGGGCAGUGCCAUUGCGGUGAAACACGUUGACGGUGAUGACAACAACAACAAUAACGAUGAUGAUGACAACAACAACAACGAUGAUGAUGACGAUCUCAAGAGGGCAAACUUAUUGACGGCCUCGAUGACGGCGGUGCAGAGAGGUGGCAAAGACCAACGAUGGUGCCGCUCGGACAGGCGUCAGGGACGACGCCGUCGUCGUGCCGAGACCUGCGUCGCCUCCUCGCCCCCCUCCCCCUCCUCCUCCUCGUCGUCGUCGUCGUCCUCCCCGCUCCCGUCCAAGAGUCCCAGCCGCCAGAGCAGCGACUCGCCCCACAGCGGCACCAUCACGAGCACGACCAGCAACACCACCACCCUCACCACCACCACCAUCAUCAGCAGCAGCGACACCAACGACACCUUCAGACGCAGCAGGUGCCGCAGCAGAAGCCCUCAAGAUGUCACAAGCAGCAGCGGCGGCGGCGGUGGCGGCAGCGGCAGUCGCAGCAGCGACAGUCCUCAGCCCAUGGCCAAAAGCACGACCCCUCUGCCCCACACGGACACGACAGGUCCGGCACUCACCACCACCACUACCAACAACAACAACAACAGCAGCAGCAGCUGCUGCGUUAGCCCGCAGACGAACAGCAACAGCAGGAGUCCUCUGCUCAUCAACAACACAGCGACGCCCGGAAAAAACAACAACAGCAGCAACAACAACAACAACAGUGGCAGCAGCAGCGGCAGCAGCAGCGGCAGCAGCCCUCAGCCCAUCAUCAUCAGUGGCGGCGGCGGCGGCAUCGGCGGCUCGCUGAGGCAGCGCGCAGGAUCAGCGGCGGCGAGCCCGGGGCGAGCGUCUCCCGCGAGCCUGCAGGCGGACGCCAUCCACAAGGUGCAGAGCUUCCUGGACAAGUGCAGGCGCCUCGACAUCGACCCCAAGGAGUACGCCUACCUCAAGGGCAUCGUGCUCUUCAACCCCGACGUGGAAAGCCUCUGUGCUCGCGCCUGCGUGCAAGCGCUGCAGCUGGAGGCGCAGCAGGCGCUCUGCGAGUGGGCCCGCGUCUCCGGCUCGUCGGGGCCCCCGCGCCUGGGCCGCCUGCUGCUGGCGCUCUGCCUGCUGCGCUCCGUGCCGCCGGCUUCCAUCACGCAGCUCUUCUUCGGCUCCAGCCAGGGCGACCUGGCCAUUGAGCUCCUGCUGCAGGACCUGCUGCAAACGCCAUGAGGGCAACCGCCCUACCGCUGCACUUUUUGCACCUGGGGGGGGGAUGCGAACGAGAUUGUUUUGGUUUGGCACGCCUGUGGAAGGGCACUUGAGGGAAUAUCCCGUUGCGGGUGUCUUGAAGGUCGUUACUGCUGCAAGCACUACUGGAAGAAUAUACUGCUGCACGGAACGUGCGGAUAAUGCUGCACUUUUAGCACCCGUCGGGCAUUUGCUGCCGAAGGAGCGUUCUGCUGCUGCAUGGGGCCACUGGAAGAAUACCCUGCUGCGUGUGCUUUCCCCGAGGGCAGACACUGCUACAGGUGCCCUGAGGGCAAAUACUGCUGUCGUUAUUCAUGGGGGCGGGGCCGGGGCACUUGACUGUUGCAGGGGGGCCACUGGAAGAAUAUACUGCUGCAAGUACUUGCUCUGAGGGUAGAUACUGUUGACAGAUGCUCAUGGAGCAUGCCUGCUGCAAGAUGGUCCUAACAUUUAUACUGCUGCAGGUGUCCUGAUAUUAAUACUCCUGCAAGCUUCCCUUGGGGUGGGGAGGCUGAUACUGCUCGAAGUUGCCCAGGGGGAAUGCACUGUUACAAAAUGCUCCGAGGGCACUACCCUGUCUGCCUACACACUGCGCACACUGUACGAUGGUCCGAUCAGUCGUGGAUUGCUUGUGGCAUUCGGCGUUUAAAGCAGGGCUUGGGACUCCCAUGGGUCGACUCAGCCUAAACUGAUUGUAAUAUCGUGUCGCGUGUGGGGGUGGUGGUGCUGCUGUGGGUCAUUGGGAUGUGCGCCAGCGCUGGGGGCGGGGAAAGACAAAGGCGGCCGGGCAUGCGGUCUUCUAACCCCCCCUCCCCCUCCCACCAUCGCACAACUACCACAACGCCGGCCUUAAUAGGUGCUCGCUAACAGCGCUCGCAUUCACUGCCUUCAGAUUGAACAUCACGGAUCCCUCAAGCAUUCGCGAGCUCAUCUCCAGUUGGCGGCCUUGCUGGAAAUUCCACAUUCCAGUGGCAGGGAGCGGAGGGGGCAGUCUAUUCCUAAUCGUUUAUUUUCAAUGCAAAUUGGUGCUCAUUUUAACGAACUCAGACGAAUGGUCAUAGUGGCGGUGAUGAUUUUAGGCUGAGCUGACCUUGACCGGGAGGGGGGGGGGGAACUUGAACCCGUGACCUUCCGAUUGCGAGUCGAGUGCGCGAGGGCUACAGUGGGACACUCAGCCGGACGUUCGGUCAAUUACUCUUCCCGCGUGCACGGAGUGCCCUCCUGUGCCCCCCUUGCCCCUCACUCCCCUCACUCCCUUCCUCCCCUCUCCCCCCCCCCCUCCAUCCCCUCUCUCCCUCCCCUAUCUCCCUUCCUUCCACCCCUCCCCUCCCUCCCCUCCCCUCCCCUCUCUACCCCCUCCAUCCCCUCUCUCUCUCUUCCUCCCCUCUCUCCUCCCCUCCCCUCUCUCCCCCCCUACUUCCCCUCCCUCC